AAUGAAUACCGACUCACCAAAUAAAAAAUAACAAUAAAAGAAAAUAUUUUAACAAUAGAGUAGAAUCGAAACAAUUCCUGGUCGUGCAGCACCAAAAGCCCACAAAAACGCUGAGGAUAUAGCAUUUGGGAAGUUUUAGUUUGCGGGAUUGCAUUGUGAAGACGCCUUACUAGCAUUUUCGAAGACCGCAAACUACAAUCCACUCAAUGGCGGCAAUGGAGGGAGUGAUGUCGCAAGAUCAAUCCCAGCAGCAGGUGCCGGCACAACCAGUAGUAGUGGAGAGGCUGAAUCAGGCAGUGGUGCAACAACUGAAUCUUGAAGCUGUCAAAACUCGAGCCAUUAGUCUAUUCAAAGCCAUAUCUCGCAUCCUCGAAGACUUUGACGCAUAUUCUCGCACCAACACCACUCCUAAAUGGCAAGAUAUUUUGGGGCAAUAUUCUAUGGUGAACCUUGAGCUUUUCAACAUUGUGGAUGAGAUAAAGAAGGUUUCCAAGGCUUUUGUAGUCCAUCCAAAAAAUGUUAAUGCAGAGAAUGCCACAAUAUUACCUGUUAUGUUGUCAUCGAAGCUACUGCCGGAGAUGGAGAUGGAUGACAACUCCAAGAGAGAGCAGCUGCUUCUUGGGAUGCAAAACCUGCCAGUUCCCUCACAGAUUGAGAAAUUGAGGACUAGGAUUGACAUGAUUGGAGCGGCCUGUGAAAGUGCUGAAAAGGUACUGGCUGAUACACGUAAAGCUUAUAUAUUGGGUACUCGUCAAGGGCCACAAAAUCUUCCAUCCUUGGACAAGAGCCAGGCUGCAAAAAUUCAAGAACAGGAGAACUUACUACGGGCUGCUGUGAAUAAUGGAGAAGGUCUACGGAUGCUUGGAGACCAGAGGCAGAUGACACCUGCCCUUCCAGUGCAUCUGGUUGAUUUGUUGUCCACAGGUGAUGGAGUGCACAAUAUUUCUGAUACAUCUGGUAUGUACAUGAAGGGCACUCCACCUUUGUCUUCAAACAACAUCAUCAGUCAGGGGAAUUUGUUACAGGCUUCGGGAGCACAACUCAUGGGAAGACCUGCUGCAUCUCCAUCUGGUCCUACCAGUGCUACGUCAUUUGAUAACACAACUGCAUCUCCACUGCCAUAUGCCAACUCGCCUAGGUCAGGCCCAAACAUGAUGAAUACACCAUCUCCUCAGCAACAAACCCAGCAACAGCAGCAACAGCAACAUCAGCAGCAGCAGCAAAGGCAGAAAUUGAUGCAAUUACCUCCGCAUCAACAGCAACUUCUUGCUCAGCAACAAUUCAGGCAGUCUUCGAUGCAACUGGGACAGAACCAGUUGCCGCAGCUUCAUGAUUUGCAAGGCCAGUCACAACAAAAGUUUCAGCAGUUACAUGGCCAACAUCAGAUGCAAUUUUCUCAGCCGAUGGGUCACCAGCAAUUUCAAGGUAGGCAGCUGCCAUCUGGACAUGUUCAGCACGGGAUUGGUCAGAGCCAACUUGGCCAAGGAAAUCAGUUGAAUCGUCAUUUAGGCCAGUUUUCUGGUGCUGCUAAUAGUGCAUUGUUUAAUGCUGCUCAGGGGUCACCAAAUACUCAGAUGAUGCCUAAUAUGUCAGCCACCAUGCCUUCUCAAUCGCUUCUUCCACGGAUGCAGUUUGGAUUAGCUGGUAACAAUCCCCAAAGAAGUCAUGCUUCCCAAAUGUUGAAUGAUCAGAUGUUUAAUAUGGGACCGUCCAACCCGGGAGGCAUGAUGCCUAUGCAGCAGCAGCAACAACAGCAACAAGGUGCAUUCGGGAAUAUGGCUCCAAACGCUCAGAAUCUGCAAUCUAACAUGGUAGCACUUCAGAAUGCCCAACAAAAUCAUCCCAACUUUGGGCAGCAGAGACAACAAAAUCAGCAGUAACGUGGUUCUAUUUACUGAUAAUUGCGAGUUGUAUAGGACCACCAUAAGUUGUUCCACAAAUCACAUCUUCAGGGAUUAUAUGGGGUUGUAACUUUCAUAUGCAUGGCAUUGAACUUGGCCUUUUAGCAUACAAAUGGAAUAGGAUUGUCAAUUAUUGACCAAUUA